GUCAUGACGGGUCACUGUGCUCUGCAGACUCUGAUGCUCGCUUUCGCCAGAGAGCAAGCGAGGUGGAUUCUGACAAACUAGUUGGCGAUGCGACUCUUGGUAGUGUCGCUUCUGAAGACUUACCUGAGACACUGGAGUGUAAGGUAGAGACUGGCAUGCAAUGCAGUGCCUGUCAGGUAUCCCCAGAGAGCAUGCCCUCCCUCAGCCCUCUUGCCAGGCCUGUUGCGUCAUCAACCUUCUGCAAUGUUAUCAACUUGAAACCCACCAAAAUCGCAGGUUUGCCGGCGAUUUCACGUGUCACUGUCAUUUUGGCCCCAACCUCCCUUAUCUUGACCGUGCCUUAUCUUUUAAGCCACCAGAACCCUUUUUCCAGGGAGGCUCACCACCAGCACUGGAGCUUAUCAGUGUUUGUCCGAAUCUACACUUCUAAGUGGCCUCCCUUGAGAUCUGAUGGUUCCCCGGAGAUGCAGAUUUGAGCUUGGUAUCUACCAGUCGCGGCGUCAUAGCUCUCAAUAGACCCCCGUAAAAGCUGUGACGUUGGUCAACAUGUCGCCUUCGGCACGCUGGGGCUUUCUGCAGCUUCGAUGCUGCUCCAUCAACAGAUAUGGCGGCAGACGAGGAACAACCGGAUGAAAGGACGCAUCUCCUCCCUCGUGACAGGAGGCUCAACUCCCUUGCUGUAGAAGAAGCGGACGCUGCUUCGGUUGUCUCGUCCCACAUCAGCAAAGAAGAGCAGGCGCUGGGCGACACCGCCGUGGGAGAACGGCUGCCCUACAACGAUUAUACGACGAUUGACUGGCUCCAUGACUUGGUCAAAGACUCGUUCAGAUACCGUUCCGUGCAUAGUGGAAAGGGCAUCCGAAAUGGACUCAUGGCGCUCCUUGACUCGUGUCAAGGCUGGAUUGCAGCUGCAAUUAUUGGCACUUUAACGGCAUGCGUUGCCUUCCUUGUGGACAUGGCUGUUGCCACUGUCAGCGACUGGAAGACGGGAUAUUGCCAAAAGAAUCCAUUCGCGAGUAAAGACCUGUGCUGUACGUCGAAAUCGCCAUUAACGCCUCUCGCCGACAGCGGUGAGACCUGCUCGGACUGGAAGUACUGGACGGGGAAUUAUUGGCAUGGGUUUGGAAUCUACGUGGGCCUCGCUCUGCUUUUUGGAAUCAUCAGUGGGACAGUCACGUUGACCACGAAAAGAGCGCUUCCAGCAAGCGCCCCGGGCGCCGGAGACAGUGGACCAAUGCAGAAAAACAGCGAUCAAGCCAGUCGCGAAACCCUGAAGCCUACAGCGACUGGCAAGUCCAUCUACAUGGCCGCUGGGAGCGGCAUCCCCGAGAUCAAGACCAUUCUAUCCGGCUUUGUCAUUCCGCACUUCCUGGACUUCAAUGUUCUGGUCGUGAAGGCCGUCGGGUCAGUCUUCGCCGUGUCAACAGGCAUGUGUUUGGGCAAGGAAGGCCCUUUCGUCCACAUUUCCACCUGUGUUGCAUACCUGGUGGGAAUCCGAUUCCACAAGUACAGAGGGAAUGGUCGCAAGCUCCGCGAGCUUUUGGCUGCUGGUUGCUCGAGUGGUCUCUCGGUCGCAUUCGGCGCGCCCAUUGGUGGUGUGCUGUUCGCAUAUGAAGAAAUCUCGACGUAUUUCCCGCGGAAAGUGCUUUGGAGAGCCUUCAUCUGCUCCCUGUUCGCGGCCAUGACCCUCAAGGCUCUCAAUCCGACAGGGACCGGCAAGCUUGUGCUCUUUGAGACCAACUACGGCACCACGUACCGACCCUAUCAUUAUAUUGUAUUCGUGGUCUUGGGUGCCGCUGGGGGCGUCUUUGGAGGCGUCUUUUGCAAGGCCAAUUUCUUGUGGUCUCGCAGCUUUCGGAAGUACACCAUCAUCAAGAACUAUCCGGUCCUCGAGGUAUUCUUGGUUGUUCUCGCCACAGCCCUUUUGCAAUAUCCCAACCCUCUGGCUCGAGAACCUGGCGACGUCAUCAUCAAGAAUCUUCUGGUCGACUGCAACGCAAGCUCACGGACAGCCUACGUCUGUAUGCAGGAGGGACACGAUUCACCGUCGUCAAAGUACUUGGGCUGGCUCGCCUAUGGAACGCUCAUCAAGCUCGUCCUGACGAUUAUAACAUUCGGUGUCAAAGUGCCAUCGGGAAUCAUCAUUCCCGCCCUUGAUGGCGGAGCCUUCUUCGGCAGGCUUGUUGGGCAACUGCCUUUCUUGGCACAUUCUAUCUCCCCCGGCAUUUUUGCCAUGGUUGGUGCUGGUUCCUUUCUGGCUGGCGUUAGUCGAAUGACUAUUUCACUGGCGGUCAUCAUGUUCGAGUUGACGGGGGAACUAGAGUUCAUCGUGCCAAAUAUGAUCGGCAUCAUGGUUGCCAAAUGGGUGGCAGAUGCUCUGGAGGGCGAGGGCGUGUACGAUCUGGCACAGACAGUCCUAGGGCAUCCCUUCCUCGACCUGGAUAGUGCCAUGACGCUAGUCCGGCAGGAUGCCCAUCUUGCUGAGGAGCUGAUUCCUCCUCCUCAGACUAUGCGCGAGAUCACGGUCGACGUCCCCGAAAGUGGCAUUGUCCCCCGCGGUUUACUGACGGAGAAGAUGCACCAGCUGCACCGUCGAGGCCUUAUGGACGCUGGCCUUGUGCUUAUCCAACGAGCUAUGCUACAGGGCUAUCUAGCGCAGGGAGAACUCGAAUUUGGGUUGGAGACUCUGGGUGAGACGUUCCCCGCAGGCUGCGUUGUUCGUCUUCUGCCUCCGCUACCUACUGCACAAGUACCAAUGGAGCACGAGGGGGAGCUUGAUCUAUCACCGUUCAUCGACCGGACACCAUUGACGAUCUGUGCCAAAGCCCCGAUGGAGUUUGUGGUGGAGAUGUUCAGCAAGCUAGGCCUCAGGCAUUUGUGCGUCACGGAAGAGGGGAGCGGACGGCUUGUGGGAGUGAUCAUCAAGAAGAGGUUGGUGGUUUGGCUGGAAGGUUUGAAGCAUUGACGGGGCACGCGGAGGUUUAGAGGAGGGAAGUCUAACUUGAUGUGACUUUUUCUCGUAUGAUGUUGGAGUAGCUCCUGCUUGGAGAUGCAAGAUAUUUGCAGGACGUCACAACAUACAUCAGGGCAUGACAAGAAGAGUAUAGAGGGGUUGGUUUUAGUCCAGUCCUUUCCCCUAGGCGAGGUGGAAGACGUUGGCCGUUGGGGUCAGGUGAGGAUCAUGAUAAGGAAAAAUAGACGAAUGAUGUGC